CUUUUACAUUAUUCUCACAGACCCUGCAAUAAAACAUAACCCCAACUUUGUAAACAUGAUGAAUUGAUCUAUUACUCAACCUCUAAAUUACUUUGUUCUCACUUAGUGUCAAGCUCUUUUUUAUUCUACCUCUGCACAAGGGAAUGAAAGAUUAUAGAGAAAUUCCUGUUACUGUUAAAACAAAUAGUACAGGCUUGCACAACCAUAGCAACAGCAGCAACAACAACAACCCUUAUGUUCACAUUUCCCCUGUUCCUCCUUCCUCUGCAGCAACCAACCGUCCUAAUGCAAUCGAUACAAUAUCUGGUGCACUAAAUCAUUGUAGCAGGAAGGUUGGAGAAGCAACUAGACAAGCUGGGAUCAUGGUUGACAACAUAUGGAAUCACCUAAGAACUAGUUCUAGUCCAGCUGAUGCUGCAAUGGCAAGAGUUGUUCAAGGAACAAAGGUGCUCUCAAAGGGAGGGCCUGAUAAGCUAUUUCAACAGACAUAUGGGAUUUUUCCAGGAGAGAAGCUCUUAAGGCCAUAUGCUUGCUACAUAUCAACAACCUCUGAACCUGUAAUUGGAACGCUUUAUAUAUCGACUAAAAGAUUAGCAUUUUGCAGUGACUAUCCACUUUGUCAUCAUCCAUUCUCCCUGCAGCAUCAAUGCAUGUACUAUAAGGUCGAAGUGCAGCUGGAUCAGUUGAGCACUGUCAGUCCUUCCACAAAUAGAUUGAACCCCACAGAAAAAUACAUCCAGAUUGUUACAGUGGAUGGUUAUGAGUUCUUUUUCAUGGGAUUUAUAUCAUAUGACAAGGCUCUCAAGACUCUAAAUCAGGCUCUACAGCAAUAUCACAACCAUUCAAGUGGAAACGCAAGUGUUCAGCUGCUGUGACAAAGUAUGUGGCCCUAAAAACAUACAGAAGCAUUUCACCUGUGUGCUUAGACACACCCUUCAA